AUGACCACUGCGCACCGGCCGACUUUUGACCACGCGCGCGGCCGCGACAACGUGCGGUCUUCGAUCAAGCACAAGCGGGCGAUGCCGGCGCACAUGGCGAUGAAGUACCGGCGCGAGAAACGGCCGACGGACGACGACUGGGACGGGGCGUCGGAGUACGAGGUGGACAAGAGCGAGGUGCAGCGACUGCGGAGCGAAUUGGAGGACAGGAGCGGGGCCGAGAGCCGGGGAGCGGCCGAAGAGCGCCAGCCGGAGGCCGACGAGCUGGAACGCAGCAGACAGCUGCUACUGGAGACAAAGGAUAUAGACUCAGAUAGCGACAGCGAGAGCGAAGGUGACAGCGAGGAGGAUGACGAGGAGGACGACGAUGAGGAGGACGAGGACGCCGAGCUGCUGCGGGAGCUGGAGAAAAUCAAGCGCGAAAAAGAGGCCCGGCUAGCCAAACAGAAAGAGGAGGAGCUUGCUCGACGAGCCGCGAGCUCGAACCCGCUAGUGCAGUUCAGCGACAGCGUGCACAAGUCGUGGCGGUCGACGACGUUCAGACGAAAGGAAAAGGCCAGCAGACAGGAGAGCUACAUUAACGAUAUGCUGCGCAGCGAUUUCCACAAGCGGUUUAUGGACAGGUACGUGAAAUGA